ACACCCUCCCAAAGCCAUUCCGAGCGACUGGCAACCGCGGACGCGGCCAAAGCUCGCAGCCACCGAAAGGAUGAAAUUCCUUCUGGACAGCCUCCUGCUCCUGCCCCUACUGCUCAUCUGCUGGCUGGAGGCUUUGGUCAAGCUCUUUAUUCCUAAGAAGAGAAAAUCGGUCACCGGAGAAAUCGUGCUGGUCACUGGAGCGGGACAUGGCAUUGGGAAACUGACUGCCUAUGAAUUUGCCAAACUUAAAUGCAAACUCGUUCUCUGGGACAUCAAUAAGCAUGGCAUCGAGGAAACAGCUGCUGAAUGCAGGAAACUGGGUGCCCAAGCUCACGCCUUUGUAGUAGACUGCAGUAACCGAGAAGAGGUGUACAGUUCUGCAAAGAAGGUGAAGGCAGAUGUUGGAGAUGUUAGUAUCUUGGUAAACAAUGCUGGUGUAGUCUACACAUCCGAUUUGUUUGCUACACAAGACCCUCAGAUUCAAAAGACUUUUGAAGUCAAUAUACUUGCACAUUUUUGGACUACAAAGGCAUUUCUCCCAGUGAUGAUGAAGAAUAACCACGGCCAUAUUGUCACUGUGGCUUCGGCAGCUGGGCAUAUCACAGUUCCCUUCUUGCUGGCUUAUUG